CCCUCCGACAGGCUCGGGCCAUGGGGUUGGGGAGCGUCUCUGGACUCUGCCUACUCUUCGUCCUUGUCCACGCCCGCGCCUCUCUGCAAAGUAAAGCCAGCCAAGAUGUAGAUGAGUGUGUGGAAGGCACCGACAACUGUCACAUCGAUGCCAUUUGCCAGAAUACCCCCCGUUCCUACAAGUGCAUCUGCAAGUCUGGCUACAGUGGAGAUGGCAAACACUGCAAAGAUGUGGAUGAGUGUGAGCGGGACGACAAUGCUGGCUGUGUACAUGAAUGUGUUAACAUCCCUGGUAACUACCGAUGCACCUGCUAUGAUGGCUUCCACCUGGCACACGAUGGGCAUAACUGUCUGGAUCUGGAUGAGUGUGCUGAGGGCAAUGGGGGCUGUCAGCAGAGCUGUGUCAAUAUGAUGGGCAGUUAUGAGUGCCUCUGUCGAGAUGGCUUCUUCCUCAGUGACAACCAGCAUACCUGCAUCCAGCGGCCAGAAGAAGGAAUGAACUGCAUGAACAAGAACCACGGCUGUGCCCAUAUAUGCCGUGAAACACCCAAGGGGGGUAUUGCUUGUGAAUGCCGUCCAGGUUUUGAGCUUACCAAGAACCAGCGAGACUGCAAAUUGACAUGUAACUAUGGCAAUGGUGGCUGCCAGCAUACAUGUGAUGACACGGAGCAAGGACCCAAGUGUGGCUGCCAUGUCAAGUUUGUGCUACACACUGAUGGAAAGACAUGCAUUGGGGAAAGGCGGCUAGAGCAGCACACCCCCCCUCAGGCCGUUUCUAAUGAGACAUGCGCUGUCAACAAUGGUGGAUGUGACAGCAAGUGCCAUGAUGCAGCUACCGGUGUCCACUGCAGCUGCCCUGUGGGCUUCAUGUUACAGCCGGACAGAAAGACAUGCAAAGACAUAGAUGAGUGCCGCCUGAACAAUGGGGGCUGUGACCACAUAUGUAGGAACACAGUUGGCAGCUUUGAAUGCAGCUGCAAGAAAGGCUACAAGCUGCUCAUCAACGAGAGGAGCUGCCAGGAUAUCGAUGAGUGCUCCUUUGAUCGAACCUGUGACCACAUCUGCGUCAACACCCCAGGAAGCUUCCAAUGUUUCUGUCACCGAGGCUACCUGCUCUAUGGGCUCACCCACUGCGGGGAUGUGGACGAGUGCAGCAUUAACCGCGGGGGCUGCCGUUUUGGCUGCAUCAACACCCCUGGGAGCUAUCAGUGCACCUGCCCUUCGGGCCAGGGACGCCUGCACUGGAAUGGCAAGGACUGCACAGAGCUGAUGAAGUGCCAGGGCAGCCUUGGUGCCCCUCGAGCCAUGCUCAGCUGUAGCAGGUCAGGCAAGAAGGACACUUGUGCUCUCACCUGCCCCUCCCGGGCUCGAUUUUUGCCAGAAUCAGAGAACGGUUUCAUGGUGAGCUGUGGCACUCCCAGUCCCCGCUCCUCCCAAUCCAGGAGUAGUAACACCACCAGUACCCACCACUGCCUUGAAACAGCUGCGCUAUCUGUCAAACAACGGGCUUCCUUCAAGAUUAAAGAUGCCAAGUGUCGCCUGCACCUUCGCAACAAGGGCAAGCUGGAGGAGGCAGGCAGAGUCCCAACAUCAGGUGGGACUCCCUGCUCCGACUGCCAUGUCACCUUUAUCCACCUCAAGUGCGAUUCAUCCCGUAAGGGGAAAGGACGCCGUGCCCGCACCCCUCCUGGGAAGGAAGUCACCCGACUCACUCUGGAACUGGAGGCUGAAGUCAAAGCUGAAGAAGCCACAGCAAGCUGUGGGCUGCCUUGCCUGCGACAGAGAAUGGAACGGCGGUUGAAGGGGUCGCUGAAGAUGCUAAGGAAAUCCAUCAAUCAGGAUCGCUUCCUCCUGCGCCUUGCCGGCCUGGACUAUGAGCUGGCACACAAGCCUAGCCCAGCUGGGGAGCGGGUGGAGCAGGCAGAGACCUGUGUGCCUGGGCAGCAUCGUACUGGGGUCAAGUGUGGUCAGUGCCCACCAGGUCAAUACUCAGUAGAUGGGUUCAAACCAUGCCAGCAAUGCCCACGUGGCACCUACCAGCCUGAGUCAGGAAGGACUCUGUGCUUCCCAUGUGGUGGGGGCCUCACCACCAAGCAUGAAGGGGCUGUCUCCUUCCAAGACUGCGACACCAAAGUCCAGUGUUCCCCUGGCCACUACUAUAACACCAGCAUCCAUCGUUGUAUCCGCUGUGCCCUGGGUUCCUACCAACCUGAAUUUCGCCAGAACUUCUGUACCCGAUGCCCAGGAAACACCAGCACUGACUUUGAUGGUUCUACCAGUGUGACACAGUGUAAAAAUCGUCAGUGUGGUGGCGAAAUAGGUGAGUUCACUGGAUAUAUCGAAUCCCCCAACUACCCUGGCAACUACCCAGCAGGAGUAGAGUGUACCUGGAACAUCAACCCACCACCUAAGCGAAAGAUCCUCAUCGUAGUGCCGGAGAUUUUCCUGCCGUCUGAGGAUGAGUGCGGGGAUGUCCUUGUCAUGCGCAAGAACUCCUCUCCAUCCUCAAUCACCACCUAUGAGACAUGCCAGACCUAUGAACGGCCCAUUGCCUUCACCGCUCGCUCCCGAAAGCUCUGGAUCAACUUCAAAACAAGUGAAGCCAACAGUGCCAGGGGUUUCCAGAUACCCUAUGUCACCUAUGAUGAGGAUUAUGAACAAUUAGUAGAGGACAUUGUGCGAGAUGGUCGGCUCUACGCCUCUGAAAACCACCAAGAGAUUCUGAAGGAUAAGAAGCUCAUCAAGGCCUUCUUUGAAGUGCUAGCCCAUCCACAGAACUACUUCAAGUACACAGAGAAGCACAAAGAGAUGUUACCCCGAUCCUUCAUCAAGCUGCUCCGCUCCAAAGUCUCCAGCUUCCUUCGACCUUACAAAUAGCCCUCCCCAGGCCCACAGACCCCAGCUUCAAAGCUCCCUGGUUGCCUAACCCUCAUAGCCCAAUAGCCCCCAUCUACUGCCAAGGAACUCUCUCUCUUUUUGAGGAAAACAAAUAUUCACUAUGCAGACUACUUACUCUCCCAUUCUGUCCUUCCAUCUCCCUGCCUUUCUCUCUCUAAUUUACCCACUUUUCCAUUUCCUACAUGCUCCCUGAGUGUUGAAAAAGCCAUUCAGUGCUAGCUCUGUUCCCCCUAAGGGAUGGAAUAGCAGCCCCACAAACUGACCUCUACCCUAGCCCAUGCUCUAUGGUCAGGAUCGGUUUGAAAGGGGUGAGGGGGUCCAUGAAGGCAAUUGGUCUUAGGGCAGUCAUGUCCUAGAGGCAAGGCAGGGAAGGUGUAUCUGCCAUUCUCAGGGCUGUGCCCUGACUGUCUAGAGCCAGAAUCCUCCCUUCCUCUGAUACAUAUCUCUCAACCCAUGGCAACUCAGGCAGCCCAGGGUCUUACCAAAGAAGUCUUUGGCCUGCAGGCAUUUCCCUAGCACUGAUCCUC